CCCACAUCACUCCUAUCUGCCUCACUCCCCCCUCCUCAUCCACCCAGACUCAGACAGCCUCUCCAGCCCCACCCGCCGCAGCCUCAGCCUGUCGGACGGCUCAGAGGACCAGCUGGAUCGCCUCCAGCAGGUGGAACUGGCCAGGAUGACUCCCAUGUCUCAGUGGAGGGCAGGCACCGUGCAGGCCUGGCUGGAGGUGGUCAUGGCGAUGCCCAUGUACAUCCGCACCUGCUCAGAAAACGUCAAGAGUGGGAGGGUUUUACUGGGACUAACAGAUGAAGACCUGGAACUGGGUCUAGGUGUCAGUAGUGUGAUGCAUCGCCGAAAACUCCGCUUGGCCAUUGAAGAUUACAGAGAUGCCGAAAAUGGAAAAGAGCUGUCCAAAGCUGCCGAUCUGGACCACCACUGGGUGGCCAAGGCCUGGUUAAGUGACAUUGGAUUGCCUCAGUACUCCCAGGCUUUUCACACCCACCUUGUGGACGGACGCCUGCUGAGCUCUCUAACACGUCGAGACUUGGAACGUUACCUCAACAUCACCAAGAAGUCCCAUCAGGCCAGCCUGCUGCUGGGCAUCGAACUGCUACACUUACUCCAUUUUGACAAAGAGGAAUUGCAGGCUCGCAGGAUACAGUGUGAGCAUCUGAAUGUGGAUCCGCUGGUGUGGACAUCCCAUCGCGUUGUGAAGUGGGUCAGAGAUAUUGACCUCAAGGAAUUCGCUGACAGUCUCCUACAUAGUGGAGUUCAUGGAGCUGUUUUGGUGCUUGACCAUGCUUUCAACACUGAUUCUAUGGCAACUGCACUGGGGAUCCCCAGUAACAAACAUAUGGUCCGCAGACACCUUGACGAGGAGCUAAAGACACUACUUGAUUCUGCWAGAGUGGACGCUAAAAAGGACUAUGAGCAUUUAGGUUUAGGAUCUCCACUAAAACUGUUUCGCCAGAACUCCCUAGGCAGACCCCCCAGCGCUAACAGCCGACACACUGAGGACGAGGGCUCACUGAGGAGGAGGGCUGUCAAGCCCCCAACUGGGUUCAGUCCCAAAAACCGCAAUGGGCGAGACCUGAGUUGCCAUAACAACUACGGCUCCCUGCCUCGGGAAGUUCGAGACCAUACUCCACCCAGAGCUGAUGGAAGUCCAGUCCAACGUUACUCCAGCAGUGAGAUCACAAAUGUGUGACGCAAUUGAGGCUGGAACUACAACAAAUGUGUUUGCCAACGAUAUGAACCUGAACAUAAAAGUUGUGAGCCUACACAGGUCAAAUCAUUGCACUUUAUAAAAAGGACGAUUCUUUUUAUAAGUUUCCAAUUGACGUAAUCAGAGCAUGGGUGGUAUCUUGUUAUUUUGAUCAAUAAUUGACAUUCUUUUAUGUCUGACUCGUGAUGAAGGAUUUAAGCUAAAUGAUUUUUAAAUUAAAAUUACAGUAUGCAUAUAAACUAGGAUGCAACUUGCUAAUUAUUUUAUUUUCUAUUUGUUGUGAACAAACAAAUCAGUCCUGGGUUAAAAAACAACUAUUUUUAAAACAAACUGCAGGGAAAACAUAAAUAAAAAUUUCAGUGCUUUUGUGCCAUUGAAUUUGUCUUUGUGAUAUCUUGUUAGUGUAGCUGAAGAUGGAAGUAAAAAAAAGUACUUGAACAGAAAUUUAAAUAUUUUUUUGUUUGUUUAUGAUUGAAAGUCCCUUUUGUCAUUUUACACUUCUCUGUGUGAAAACAAAAUGUAGCAACUUCUUUGGUGUUUUAUACUGUGAAGUAAACAAAAAGUAUUUAAACAAUACCGGCAAAGGGUCACAGCUGAAAGGAUACUGAACGGAAGUUUAUGGAAAUGAAAGAAUGUGUUUUUGAUACAAUAAAGACCACAUUUCAACCA